CUGUAGUAAGAACACCCUACUCUGAUAAGUGCAUCUGGAGCUAGGGUUUCUUAAUGGCUCUGUUUUGGUCACCAUCUACAUCCCCAAUCUCUCCUGUUCAAUGCCACAAAAAUUCUGCAAUUUCAAAACCCUUUGUAUCAGAAAACCUAAUUUCAACAAUAAACAUCUCUAGGAUUUCAAAAAUAUCCAUUUCUGCAUCACCCAAUUUCUCAAACCCUAACCCAUCUCUUCAGAGGUUCCAUUGUUGCACGAGCUCGAGGUCGAGGUCGAGCUCUUCAAUGGAGUCCAAUAAAUCUCCUUUCACGAUAAUAUUCGUAAAGGGACUGCCACAAUCGACAUCCGAGGGGACAUUAAAUACAGCAUUUUCGCAGUUUGGGGAAGUCAGCCGAGUUAAGAUUGUAACUGAUAAAAAAAGUAAGCAGCCUUUGGGAUUUGCAUACAUAUGGUUUACCAGCAUGGAAUCUGCUCAAAUGGCUGUCAAAGAGAUGAAUGGAAAGUUUUUUGAUGGCAGGUUUGUUUUGGUCACAAUUGCGAGGCCUGGAUCUUGCAAGACCCAACCAAGGGCAACACCGUACAAGUUCUAACCCGAGCAAUCUUUAGCUCCCUUUGAGCUCUUAGAUCACUCUAAGGAUUAGAAAGGAAAUUUAGUCACAGCAUUCAUCGACAUGGUUGAACUUUUAGGUUAGAAUGCCUCAGAAGUAAGAAGAAUAGUCAGUGUUGCUGACAUGUUGGAGCACAAAAAGAAAUUUAAAUUCAUGAAUGGCUCGAUAUGUCCUAUUAUACUUAGCAAUUUGUUGGGCUGAAAUACAUCUCUCAGUGUGAGCUAUGCUAUACCUCCGAUUAUCCAAGGCUGUUAUGCUUGGUUUAGCUGACUGCAGUGCAACUAGUCCGAGGAUCAGCUCACAUUGGGUCAAAUUGGAUCAGUUAUCAAUACCUGGUACGUUGCUUAAAGUUGAUAUCUGCAUUGUUUCUUUAUGUUCAAACUCUGUGACAAACAAUCAAACAUGUAAAUUCAGGGCAUCACCUUCCUCGUGUAGCCAUAGCUUUUUCUUUUCUUCUUCUUUGUAUGUUUUGGUGUGCUUUCUGCGAAACUUCCUGAAUGUGAAGCUUAUUACAUGGUCAAUGAUAUUGUACUCAAUUUUUGAAUUAUUCA